GCUGGCGGAGCGGCGCGCUGCGCUACGACUCGCCGCCACGGAGCACGUGCGCGCGCUCUGCCCAGCGCGCCGAGCGCGCGCGCCCCGCACCGCGAGACAUGGAGGUGCUCUCCGAUGACGACGAGUUUAUGUACCGGGAGCCCCAGAUAAGCAGUCUGGUGGCGACGCGCGGCGAGGCGGCAGCGGGCGGCGCGGCGGUGCAGCGCGUCGGGGCUGCGGUGUGCUGCGCCGUCGAGCGCUUCGUGGCGGUCGGCGAGACCAUAGCUGACGACAACCCUGACGUCCGGCACAGCAUGGUGCUCGCAUGCAAGGAGGCAAGGGCUGCUGGUCGUGCGAUAGAGCGCGUGUGCGCGGGCGCGGACGGCACGGGCGCGGGGAUGGUGGCGGCGGCGCGCGCGCUACUCGCCUCCGUCACCAGGGUGUUGCUGCUGGCCGACAUGGUGGUCGUCCGACAACUGCUACUCGCCAAGGAUAAGGUUGCGAGGUCGCUGGAUCGGUUGGAGUCAGUGACGAACUUUGCCGAGUUCGUCCGAGCGUUCACGGAGUUCGGUGGUGGCAUGGUGGAGCUGGCGCGGCUGACGGCCGAGAGACGAGCAGACCUCAGAGACGAGAGGAGAAGAGCACAAGUGGCGGCCGCGAGGAACGUUCUAGAACGUUCCACGCUGAUGCUCCUCACUUCUUCUAAGACGUGUAUGCGGCAUCCGGGGAGCGCGUCGGCCAGGGAAAACCGGGACACGGUGUUCUGUCAGAUGAGGAGGGCCAUGGACCUCAUACACUACGUGGUGCGCGACGGCCUGCCCGGACACGAGGAACACUCGCAGGAGUUGCAACCUUUCUCGGAUAGUCACCAGCAGGCGGCGCAGUGGGAGUCGGGCACGGCGCUCGGGGCGCUACGGGGGCUGUCGACGCAAGUGCGGGCAGCGCGGGCGCGCGGGGGCGCCGACAGCGGCCGCCGAAGAGCGCUGGCCGCGACCCUGAGGGCCCUAGUGGAGAGGACGCACGAUUUCACAGACUCUGCGUACACCUCACACGAGCACAGGCAAAGAAUACUGGCCCUUGCCGAACGGAUAGCGUACGAAUUAGAAAGGCUCGUCGCCGUCGCUGUCACUUUAGAAGAGCAAGGCGGUAGUGGUGCGGCGCUAGAGAGCGCGUGCGCCGGCGCGACCAGCGCGGCCACGGAACUGGAGAAAGCGCUCGUAGUGGCCGCCAGGGACCAAGCCCGAGACCUGGCGCCUCUAGCCGAGGAAGCGAGGAAACUCGCCUCGGACCUAGCGCACAUAGGUAACCAACGACAAAAAAUAGCAAGUUCCUGCGGUGAGAGAGAAUCAGAGAGACUGCAUAGUAUCGCCAGCCGACUACACGAACAGUUAGAUCAUAUCAUAGAGGUUUGCAAAUUACUAAGGCAUAUAGCGAUGUCGGAGACCCUUCAAGUUAGCGCGAAAUUCGCCGAAAUCAAUUUGAGGAUAUACGGACCUCAAGUGGUGACGGCGGCGCGCACGCUGGCGGCGCAUCCGAGUAGCGCGGCGGCGAGAGAGAACCUCGACGUGUUCGUGGACAUGUGGGCCUGGCUGCUCUCCGACUCCGCCCGCCUCGCCAAGGAGCUCCUAGACCUCACGGAGGAGAGGCCCGACAAGCAGCAGUACAGCAGCCUCCCGAGGCCAGGAAAACACGGCACAACGAGCAAACCCCUGAAGGCUGUGAAAUUAGAUACGGAGGAGCAGGCGAAAAUAGCAAAAUCAGGCCUAGAAAUGAAAAUGAUGUCGUCGGAAAUGGACGCGGAAACGGAAAAGUGGCAGGGCGCCGAUGAGAACAACGAUAUCGUGAAGAGGGCGAAAAAUAUGUCUUCCAUGGCCUUCGCUAUGUAUCAGUUUACGAAAGGUGAAGGCCGUCUCAACACAACUCAAGACCUCUUCACACAAGCGGAAUAUUUUGCGGAGGAAGCUAAUAGGCUUUAUAAAAUAGUUCGGCAAUUUUCUUAUCAGGUGCCCGCGGGGACGGUAAAAAAAGAGCUAUUGGAGCACUUAGACAAAGUUCCUACAUACGUCCAGCAGCUGCAAUUCACUGUCAAGGAGCCGACAGUGGGGAGAGCGGCUACCUUUAGUAAAGUAGAUAACGUUAUACAAGAAACUAAGCACCUCAUGAACGUGAUCAGCAAAGUGGUGACGACGUGUUUCGACUGCGCGAAUAAGGUACCUUUGCCGUGGGCGUCGAGUGUGGGAGUGAUUAAAAGACACCAGAGUGUUGCACCUUACAAACUGGACUUCACCGGUCUGUCGGCGGCGGCGGGUCGCGGCGCGGCGCGGGACGAGGAGGCGGCGGGAGGCGGCGGCGGGGACGCGAAGCCGGGGGGGAGCUCGUCCGACACGACCAUGUGACAGUACGGCAUGGGCCGGCGCGGCAAGGGCGACGCGCGCCGGACCAGGGUCAGCUUCCUUCUGUUUUAAGCACGUCUUAAAGCAACGUCGCCGAUGUCGGUCGGACAAGCAGCGGAGAGGUGAACGCUGAGGGUUGCCAUCUCAAUUAAAAGGACUAUGUGAUUAGGGGCAACCCCGUUUUGUAAUUUGUUUUUUUCCUGCCAAUUCUAAAGGGACUAUAACUGUAGGUAACCUGUAUACAGUUAAACAUCCCUCAAAAUAAAUAAUAUUGUUUGUAUUCUGUAAACAAUUUUGUUUUAUAAUAAUUUAUUCGAAUCUCCUAAGUAAAUAAGUCGGAAAAUUAUUCUACAUUUUCUGAUUUGUGCAAAGCGCACUUGAGAAUAUAGAGCAAGCGCGAUAAUUGGCAGCUAAUAUUCAUAUCCAAGCUUUUUAAGAAUAAAGCUAGUUAAGCUUUAUGUUUUAAUUGCCACGCCUCGAGCUUCCGAGCAAUGCGACCAAUGCACCUCUUUGCUUGCAUGUCCGGGAUUCUAUACACAUUAUUAUAUGUACGUAGAGCAAAACUACAAGAAGACAUUUGUUACUAUUGAUUUGUAGAUUUUGCUCGAGUCCUCUGGAGUGGUCGUUUGAUCCGGUCACUUCAUAUCCCAAUUAUGAGUCCGUCUCAAACGCACUUCACUGGACACUCAGCUCUAUAAUAAUGUGUGCCGAAUUCGUUAUCGACAACUGUCAUCUAUUGAAACGCAAUAAAUAGAUUACAGUUACUUAUUUUGUAUUAAGAUGAACAGUACGAUAUACGAGUUAAGUUUGAAGACCACUUGCGACACACAAAGUGAAGUUAACUUAUUCUAGCAAUCUCUACACAUUUGGCUGUGUAAAAGUAUUCAUAAGAUAUACGAGUAAUGUAACGACGAUUAGGUAGUUUCGAAGUUUCCUCACUUAGCCGAGUGAGGAGUCGGAGCAGUCACACUGAGAAUAUGCCUCAUUAUAAAACUUGUGAUCAUUAAUAUAAGAGUGAAAUCGUACAAUAAAUACAAACUUGUUACACUGAAUAUUACACUUUGUUACAUACCUACUAAGAUAACACCGAGAGCCUAUUUUUUUAAGUUCCCCCCCUAGAUUUAGCGUAGCGGAUAAUACUGUAAGCGUCUUUUGUUUUCUUUCUAUCACUUUAAACUAUUUUGCACUGUCGCACUUUCUGUGGUCCUGAUGCACAUUUUGUUUGUCUCGCACGGACGCUUCCUAUGAUUUCAUGCGUAGCACUAGCUCCCGCCACGACAUACUCAACAACACUACUCCGCAUUCGAUGUUGCAUUUCUAUUCGACCGAUGUAAAUAAUAGAAUACGAUUUACAUGAGCCGAGCUAUCGAUGCGCUGACAUGUGCAUGAUUGUCGGGGACUAUGCGUGUGUUGCAUGUGUAAAUGUUCUAGUGGAUGUCGUACUUCAUCUGCGACGGGUCGAAACGUUGGAAAUUGACUCUGGUGGUUCCCGGGAGCCCCCUCUCGCCCAGGUGUUAUAUAGACCGCGGGGUCGAUUGCCUGCAUGUUGUGUUGGGCUGCUGCUAUCAUGUCGGCAUGUCUUAGAUACAUACAGCGUUGAACAUAUCAUUGUAGAUAUCGUGGGGACGGCGAUCGUUAUUUAGUGUUUAAGUAUUUACUGUUAGGUGCCAGUAUCGAUCGUGCCUAACUGUGUUGCAUUGAAUAAAUGAGUACCUCCGUUUAAAAUCGCUAGCUGUAAAGGGCGACGUUGAGCAUUUAGCGCCGAGGGGUUAGAAAUAGUAAUAUCCGUGUAAAUUGUUUAUUUUCCUAGUCAGAUUGAAGCGGAUUAUUCGAUGCACGAGUUGCAAGGAGUUUUAAUAGAAUAAAUAUCCUACCGAAAAUAGAAUGCCCACCUCUAAAAAUAAGACAAUAUUGACUGAUAAAAAUAAAGAUAGUAUGGUCGCUGUAGAAAAGAGGCUUUAGAAACGUAUGCCCCUGUCUCUUGCAAAUAAAUUAGGUUAGGUUCUAGAUAUUAUAUUAUGAAACAGCAAUACAAAAAAGAGACAGAUAUAAUGCGUUUACUAAACACGGAGGCUACGACUGAAGUCAACAAAAAUAUAUAGGCUUCGUUUUUUCUCAGUCCUUUCUUUAUUCAUCGUGAAACCCUCUCAGCUCGGCGACCGUGCUAUAGCAAUAUGCAUCACGUGUGCCAUGUUUCUGCUUACUGGUUGUACUUUUUGUUGUGCAAAUUGUCUCUGGUUUGUUUUGGAACAAUCGCCUUUCUUUGGUCUAUAUAACACUUUUUCAGUUUCAUAUCUUUAGUAUUUAUCCUGUAUAUUGUCAUGUAUAAUAUGAUAUACCAUGUAAUAUGUAUAUUAGGGUCAGAUCACACGGUGAUGUAACACGGCAUCGGAUUUUUAGGAAUGUGAUAAAAAAUUGGGGUUUGUUUGCUCCGCACCAAAAGUGAAAGUUAUGAAAACAGAUUUUCUUGCGUAGAAAAUGAACUUCAAUUUUGAAUCACCGCCUAAAAAUGCCGUAUGUUUGGUGUGAACUUACGCUAAUGAUUCCGAAUACUGUUGACUUUGAAAAUCGUUUUAGAAUAAGUUCGAUUUAUGAUAGUUAAGGCUUGUUAUAAUUAUAUUAAUUUAAUGAGCUUGAUAAGCUUUAUAUAAGAGUUGUGAAUCGAACUUGUGGCCACGUAUUAGACUCAAUCGUUUAGAAUAACGCUUCGAAUUUUAAUACUUAUCUACGUACUUAAUUUUGUAAGUCGUUUCUAAUAGGUAGGUAAUUCAAUUUUCAAAUUUUCUAAAUAAUUUAUCGAUUUUUCAUUCACGUCGACAUUAGCUUUCCACUCGAUGACGUAAUUUUAAUAAUCUUAUCGAUUUUUAAUCUUACUCGUAGCUAUAAAAUAUAGACAUCGGACGAAUCACAAA